AUGUCGUGGGCAGGAUUCAAAAAAAAUGUCAACCGUGCAACGACCCAGGUGAUGAUGAAGACGGGCCAUGUCGAAAAGACAAACGAUCGUGACUACGAAGUCGAGGAGCGACGAUUUCGGACAAUGGAAGCUGCUUCGUUACGUCUUCAGAAGGAAGCAAGAGGAUAUUUGGAUUCGAUACGAGCGAUGACUGCCUCUCAAAUGCGCAUAGCCGAGACGAUAGAUGCCUUCUAUGGUGAUGCCGGAGCUAAGGACGGUGUUAGCAGAAGCUAUAAACAAGCCGUGGAAGAUUUAGAUACAGAGACCAUAAAAGCGCUGGACGGUCCUUACAGAACAACAGUACUAGAGCCUAUCACUAGGUUCUGUGCAUAUUUCCCCGACGUCAAUGAAUGCAUCAAGAAGCGUGGCCACAAGCUACUUGAUUACGAUGCGCUACGAGCGAAAGUCAAGAAGUUAGCAGAGAAACCCGAUAAGGAUGUAACAAAACUUCCACGCACAGAGAAGGAGAUGGAAAUUGCCAAGGCUGCUUACGAACAGCUCAACGAGCAGCUAUCCACAGAGCUACCUCAGCUUAUCGACCUUCGAGUACCCUACCUCGACCCCAGCUUCGAAGCCCUCGUCAAGAUCCAACUCCGAUUCUGCGCUGAGGCUUAUAGUAGAAUGGCUCAAGUCCAACAGUACUUGGAUGCGGACACUAGGGAGCAGUACGCCCAAGGUCAACUGGACUCGAGAGUGGAGCAAGUAUUGCAAGAGAUUCGGGAACUCAGUAUCAGUGGCACAGUAUAG